AGUAGUAAUGUUUGUUGACGAUGGCUCAUUUUCGUUGACUUCGCCGCUCGCGUGCAGCUUCUAUUUGUUUUCUUUUCCUGAAAAUGUUGCAAAGUGUUUGACUCUGGACGAUUGUCGCCGUGGUUAAAAGUGCUCCGCUGACCGCGCGGCUGUUGUUCCAGUCCCAGCGGACCUCAAGGCAAGGCUUCGUCGCUACCCGCUAGCUGUUAGCUGCUAGCGAAAGAGCGAGCUCACCGUCCAAGCAAGUCAUGUCGCUGUUGCAAGGCUUGAGGUGGACGGCGCUCACCAGCUUUUUUCAAGCGGCAGCCAGGCAGGCGUGGCCUUGCCCCCUCCCGAGCCGGCCCAUGGCCACCCUCAACCAGAUGCACCGGCGCGGCAAGCCGGCAAAGCCGGCGCCCACCCUGGGCGCCACUUUUGGCCGGCCGCAAAUGAAGGCUGUGGUCCUCAAGACGCUGAUCCGCAAGCCCAAGAAGCCCAACUCGGCCAACAGAAAGUGCGCGCGUGUGCGCCUCUCCAACGGCAAGGAGGCAGUGGUCUUCAUUCCCGGCGAGGGCCACAACCUCCAGGAACACAACGUGGUCCUGGUGCAGGGCGGGCGCACGCAGGACUUACCCGGCGUCAAGCUCACUGUCGUCCGGGGGAAAUACGACUGCGCGCACGUGGUCAAAAAGAAGCAGUGAGCCUGUGUUGUUAGGUUUUGACUCUAAUGCCCUUGUGUUCAUAAUGAAAUAAAACUGAUUUACACAGAAAAAUCACAAGAGUUACGAUGUGUUCA